AUGAUCUUGUUCAUAGUCUUACUCUCUGGAAAAAAAAUCACUCUCAAGGUGUUUGGAAAUGACACUGUUUUGAGUAUCAAACAGAAAAUUCAGGAUAGCGAAGGAAUGCUCUUGAAUUUACAAAAGCUUAUCUAUCUAACAAAAGAACCAAAGAAUGAAGAUACGUUGGAUACCCUUAGUUUUCAAAGCGAAGGAACUAUGUUUUUGUUUUCGCGUCUAAUUCUAUCUGUAGAUUUAGUUAAAGGAAAAAAAUUUCCUCUUAUAGUAUCUGAAGAUGACACUGUCGAAGGUGUCAAGCAAAAAAUUCUUGAACUCGAAGGUAUAAUUUGGCUUCAGAAAGCAAAAAUAGUAUUUUUGUUGAUUGCUCACUCUGUGACUUAUUCAAUAGGAAUCCCAGUAGAAGAACAAAUCCUUAAAUCUAAAACCAAAGAAUUAAAUGAUGGUCAAAAGAAGCUGCAUGAAUAUAAUGUCCAGAACAAUGAAACUAUGUAUUUGGCUUUAAAAGCAUAUGGAGGGUAA